AUGUUGGUUUCCUUCGCCGCAUACUCGGAGCUUCGGGCGGCGACCGCGGCGCGGCUCCAGAACGAGGCGCGGCCUCCCGAGGCGCCCGCGUGGGGCAACAGCUGGAGCCCUGCGAAGGCGGAAGGCGAUGGAGAGAGACGCCCGCGGCUAGAGGGCCCCGGCCGCGAGGGCCUGCCGGCCGCGGCGUGCGGAUCUUUCGGGGUUUCUAGCAGCGAACUGGAAAGGUUCGGCGGGCGCAGGGGUCUGUCUCAACUGUUCGUGGAGCACCUGUCGCCGCCGAUGCUUCACGAAGAUUCCGCCCGUUAUGGUUCGCAGGGGCCCCUGUGGGGGACUGCGAGAGACGCGAUGCCGCGUUCGCCCGCAGAGGGGGAAAAAGAUCCGCUUUUGGGGUGGAGCGGCGCAGGGGGAGGAACGCAGAAUGGAGAUAGCGAGGGCGUGCGGCGAUGGAGCCCAAAGCGAAGGCCCUCCGGCCUCGCGUGCGUUCCGGGGGACGCGAGGCAGCUCAUGAGUCUAGCAGCCAGGCUGUAUGAAGAAGACGUCGCCGCCGUCGUCGGCGCCGGCGGUAUGGCGGCCGCGGAGGCUCCUGGGUCGCCCGAGGGGCUCUCCAGCCCUGCCGGGGAUACGCACCGUGAAGCGGCUGUGGGACUGGAUCUGCGAGGAGACGCACAGGUCCCAGGGGGCCGCUCGACGCUGGCGAAUUCCACUGAGUCGACGUCCGCAGGGCGGCAACCCUCGAAGUGUGAACUUGUGGCAAGCGAGUUAAGUUCCCUCCGAGGCGAGGCCAGCGGAGGGCACCUUGCGCCGGGCAGCCGACGAGAAGGGCAGACGCGCGGCGUGGGCUCGGCAGACGACCAGGGAGCGGAUUCGCGCGCCACGAGCAGCUUGUCUCCGACCUCUCCUGCCGACUGCGGCGACAGCGCGGCAGCGCUGUCUUUCCCCCGAGGCUACGGAGAGGGCGGGCCUUCCUCAAGCGUCGCAGAUGCGACUAUCUCGCCGGCGUUUUUGCGGACUUCAUGCGAAACGCUUCGCACGGGUAGCGAGGGGCUCUGCGAACGGGGGGAGCGCGCCGAUUGCCCGCGCAGCGGGGAGUCUCCAGAUAGCGCUAAAGGGCCGCAGAAGUCAGACAACGGGGCCGCCGAGAGUCAGCGCGCGGCGUCCGGAGAUGCCUCUCCCCUCCGGACACUCCAAACGAACGCUGCGGAGCGCGGCGGAAGCGAGGAAGAAGACGAGUGUCCCUUCUGGUGUGUGCGGACCCGAGGGUGCUGCACGACACGGCCGGCGUUUCAUCAGAGGGCAGCGGAGCCGCCACACGUCUCGAAGUGCCCGCCCACGUCUUUGUUUGAAGAGGCAGAGGCGUUUGUGGCGAAGACGGCAAACGAAGCGCUCCCAGAGGGCAAGGGGGCAGGCGGACUUCGCCUUCAUCAGGCUCCGCGCCACCUGGCGCUGUAUGUCGCUCAGAUCAGUUCGCGCAUGUUUUUUGAUCCCCAGUACAGGUCCACGCUGCUCACCAGAUACACACCGUGCUGA